GGUUCCGCCUUUCCAAUAUGGCUACUUCCAACAGCCACGGCUUUGGUUCUCUGUCCUGCUUUCCGACUAUUAAAGUUUUGCUGAUAUGCUUGUCCACGGCGGUGCUGGUCUCUUCUUCCAAGGAAAGAACUAAAACAGUGGAUUUCAACGUAAAACCGGGAGGAGUCGUGCACACGUUCUCGGAAAAAAUAAGAGACUAUGAGUGUUCUUUCACCUACGCAUCACAGGGUGGAACCAAUGAGCAAUGGCAAAUGAGCGUGGGACUCAGUGAUGAUGACAAACUGUUUUCCUGCUCUGUGUGGAGACCCCAGGGGAAGUCCUACCUGUUUUUCACCCAGUUUAAGGCUGAGGUUAAAGGAGCCAAGAUCGAGUACGCCAGUGCAUUUUCUCAGGCAGGUGUUGGAGGACAAAAGGAUGUACCUUUGAAAGGAGAGGAGUAUGUUACUGGAGAGUCAGCAGUGACCCAAAAGGAUGGGAAGUUUCGCGCUGAGCUCUCCAAACUGAUCAUCAUCGCCCGAACACAACACGACGAGCUCUGAUCACGUGGGACAAGUGUAACUUGAAAUGACCAGAAUUAUUGUGGUUGGAGGGAACGUGCUGCAGAUUUCCUAGGACUGUAGCUGCUAAUAUGCAUUGGGGGGGGGGGGGGGUGCUGGGUUUGGGAGGAAAUGCAGUCUUGUUCACUGAAACCCUGCCAACCACUAUUGAUGAUUAAACGGUUACUGGCAGAGUAGAUUUGUGUUACUUGGAGUGAUUGGAUGAGAAAUGUAAGUUUAGAAGGUUGGGUGUUUCCACAGCAAGUGGAGCUGUGAACUUGGGGCAUUUAUUUAUCUUCCAUUUUCUCGCAGCGUAUGGACGACGAUUCAAACGCCAAACACGAGGAGUGCUGCACACCAUACUAGAAAUUGUAUAAUAGGGGAACUGUUUAUAUUAUCUUUCAAUUUUACUACAAACAGAUAUACCAAUAAACGACGAAAAUGAUUGA